AUGGCGGCGGCGGGUGCAGAAGCGGCGGCGGCGGCGGCGCCGAACCCGAACCCCGCGGCGCCCCCGGGCUGCGCGGGCGCCUGCCCCAACUUCGCCGUCGUCUGCUCGUUCCUGGAGCGCUACGGGCCGCUGCUCGACCUGCCCGACCUGCCCUUCCCCGAGCUGGAGCGCGCGCUGCAGGCCGCGCCGCCCGACGCGGGCCCGGGAGGAGUACCAAAAGAAUUGGUAGAGCUCCAUUUGAAGUUGAUGAGGAAGAUUGGCAAAUCUGUUACAGCAGACAGAUGGGAAAAAUAUUUGAUCAAGAUAUGCCAAGAGUUUAAUAGCACCUGGGCCUGGGAGAUGGAGAAGAAAGGCUAUCUUGAGAUGAGUGUUGAAUGCAAACUAGCGCUCUUAAAGUAUCUCUGCGAGUGCCAAUUUGAUGACAAUCUCAAGUUCAAGAAUAUUAUCAACGAGGAGGAUGCUGAUACCAUGCGCCUCCAGCCAAUUGGCCGAGACAGAGACGGCCUCAUGUAUUGGUACCAGUUGGAUCAAGAUCAUAAUGUCAGAAUGUACAUAGAAGAGCAAGAUGAUCAGGAUGGCUCUUCGUGGAAAUGCAUCGUCAGAAAUCGAAAUGAGUUGGCUGAGACUCUUGCACUUCUGAAAGCACAGAUAGACCCAGUGCUCUUGAAACAUUCUUCUGCCCAACGGGAUGCCUCUCCGCAGGACAGUCCCAGUUUGGAGGAUGAGGAGACGAGGAAGGAGGAAGAGACAUCGAAACAAGAGGAGCAGAAGGCAAAAGAAAAGACGAAAAGUGAAUGCCAGCCACUCGAUUCACAAAACCAUCCUAAACUCAGCAGUGCACUAGAGGAAGCACUGGUAAAAGUAGAAAAAGAUGAUGAGAAGGAACUUGUAAAACUUCCAGUCAUAAUGAAGCUAGAAAAACCUUUGCCAGAAAAUGAGGGAAAGAAAAUGAUCAAGGAAGAAAGCGAUUCCUUCAAGGAAAAUGUCAAACCCAUGAAGGUAGAAGUGAAGGAAGGCAGAAUUGAUCCUAAAGAGACAAAAAGCAGCUUGGACAAAGUAGAACCUGAGAAACUGGAGUUUGGUAGCAACGUGAAAUCUUCUCAGGAAAUCACCGAGAAGUCUACGGAAGAAACAGAGAAACUUAAAAAUGACCAGCAGGCCAAGAUACCUCUGAAAAAGAGAGAAAUUAAAUUGAGUGAUGAUUUUGACAGUCCUGUCAAAGGCCCUUUGUGUAAAUCGGUGACUCCAACAAAGGAGUUCUUGAAAGAGGAAAUAAAACAAGAGGAAGAGACGUGUAAAAGGAUUUCUGCAAUCACUUCUUUGAGUCAUGAUGGCAAACAGCUGGUGAAUGGGGAAGUCAGUGAUGGAAGAGUAAGUCCAAGUUUUAAGAGCGAUCAAAUGGAGGCCAAGUGCUGUGAGACAAAGGAAGAUCACUGUCACCCUUCGAAGGACAGAAGCAUGAUAAUGGAAGGAAACGGGGUCGACCCUUUGCCUUUGCCUUCUGUCAUAAUGAGUGUGAAGACUUGUGACCUUGAGAAAGAAGUGCUUCCUAAAGGGAAAAAGGCAGAUCCUUUGUCAUCUGCCUUAGAUGCCCAGGGUCCCAGCUGGCAGGCGGAGGAAUCUUGUCCUCCAGAAACGGAUGCCUUUUCUGAGGCUCCCGAAAGGACACAAGACCCCUCUUUGAAAGUUGACGAGAAGUCUCCUCCCAGAAGUCAGAAGGACAAGUGUCUUCCUGUCCUCGAGUGUUUGGAAAAGCCAGAUAAAUCCAAAAAGGCAUUCCUGGAUAAAGACAUACAAAGACUGAGCCCAAUCCCAGAGGAGGUUUCAAAAAAUGCUCUCGAACCCCCCAAACCUGGCUCUCCGGGCGCACCUGCACCAGCUACCCCCUCUGACAAGACUGAGCACUGUGAGCUGCCCGACCCGGAGAAAGAGGCAGCCGGAAGUCAGGGCACUGGUGCCAAGGAAUUCCAACUCCAAGAAAAAGAAGCCUCUGAAGUCCUAAACAAGGAUUCUGAACAGACACAGGGAGAAACGGAGAGUCCAGGGGACACUCAGACACAGAGAACAGACACAGGCUUAGGGGAACUUCCUGAGUCAAAGAGUUCUGUGCAAAAAAGCAAGUUUAAAUAUAAGUUGAUUCCAGAAGAAGACACAGUUUCAGAAAACACAGAGAUAACCUCGGAAAGGCAGAAAGAGGGCAUCAAAUUAACGAUUAGGAUAUCCAGUCGGAAGAAGAAGCCAGAGUCUCCACCCAAAAUUGUAGAACCAGAAACCAAGCAAGAGAAGACUGAAAAGGAAGAAGAGAAAGCAAAUGUAGGUCGUACUUUAAGGAGGUCACCAAGGAUUUCUCGACCCACGGCAAAAGUGGCAGAAUUCAGAGAUAUGAGAGCUGAUAAAAAAAGAGAAGAGGAAAUGGAAGAAGAAUCGGCAACUUUGCAAAAAGUAGAUAAAAAAGAAAAUUUGAAAAAAACAGAGAAGGAUACAAAUCCUAAAAUAAACAAGGUAAAAGCCAAAGGCAAAGUUCGAUGGACUGGUUCUCGAACCCGAGGCAGGUGGAAAUAUUCUAGCAAUGAUGAAAGUGAAGGAUCUGACAGUGAAAAAUCAUCUGUAGCUUCAGAAGAGGAGGAAGAAAAGGAGAGCGAAGAAGCUGUUCCAGCAGAUGACGAUGAACCAUGCAAGAAAUGCGGCCUUCCAAAUCACCCAGAACUGAUUCUUCUGUGUGAUUCCUGUGACAGUGGCUAUCACACCGCCUGCCUUCGCCCUCCUCUGAUGAUCAUCCCUGACGGAGAAUGGUUCUGCCCGCCUUGCCAGCAUAAACUGUUAUGUGAAAAAUUGGAGGAACAGCUGCAGGAUUUGGAUGUCGCCUUAAAGAAGAAAGAACGUGCUGAACGCAGGAAAGAACGGUUGGUAUACGUGGGUAUCAGUAUUGAGAACAUCAUUCCUCCACAAGAGCCAGAUUUUCCUGAAGAUCACGAAGAAAAGAAAAAAGAUGCAAAGAAAUCCAAAGCAAACUUGCUUGAAAGAAGGUCAACACGAACGCGGAAAUGUAUAAGUUAUAGAUUUGAUGAGUUUGAUGAAGCUAUUGAUGAAGCCAUAGAAGAUGAUAUCAAAGAAGCAGAUGGAGGAGGCAUUGGCCGUGGCAAAGACAUCUCCACCAUCACGGGCCACCGGGGAAAAGACAUCUCCACCAUUUUGGACGAGGAAAGGAAGGAGAACAAAAGGCCGCAGAGGGCAGCUGCUGCCCGUCGGAAGAAGCGGCGGCGGCUGAAUGACUUGGAUAGCGACAGCAACCUGGAUGAGGAGGAGAGUGAAGACGAGUUCAAGAUCAGUGACGGCUCUCAAGAUGAGUUUGUGGUGUCUGAUGAGAACCCAGAUGAGAGUGAAGAGGACCCUCCAUCCAAUGAGGACAGCGACACCGACUUCUGUGGCCGAAGACUGAGGCGACAUUCCUCCCGGCCGAUGAGGCAGAGCAGGCGCUUGCGGAGAAAGACCCCAAAGAAAAAGUACUCUGAUGAUGAUGAGGAAGAGGAGUCUGAGGAAAACAGUCAGGAUUCUGAAAGUGAUUUUAGUGAUGAUUUUAGUGACGAUUUUGUAGAAACACGGCGGAGACGAUCCAGAAGGAACCAGAAAAGGCAAAUCAACUACAAAGAAGAUUCAGAGAGUGACGGUUCCCAGAAGAGUUUACGGCGUGGCAAAGAAAUCCGGCGCCUUCACAGGCGCAGGCUAUCCAGUUCAGAGAGUGAAGAGAGCUACUUGUCCAAGAACUCUGAAGAUGAGGAACUGGUGAAGGAGUCAAAGCAGUGUGUGCGGAAGCGGCCGUGGAGCAUCGACGAGGGAUCGGAAGCAGAGGCGGAGGAGGGCAAACCAUCCCGAAAGCGGCUCCACCGAAUCGAGACGGACGAGGAGGACAGUGUGGCCAGCGCUCCCGGGGACACAGGGCAGCCUUCACUCAGUGAGCAGCCCGCUGCCCGCCCCAUCGAGCAGGAGAGCUCCAAGAAGCCCUACCAGUUAGACAGUGAGGAGGAGGAGGAGGACUUUGACAACGUCGGCAAGGUGGGGAGCCCAUUGGACUAUAGCUUAGUGGACUUGCCUUCCACCAAUGGGCAGAGCCCCAGCAAAGCCAUAGAGAACUUGAUGGGGAAGUCAGUUGAGAAGCCCCAGACACCCAAGGACAGCAGUACAGCCAGUGCCAGCCUGGCCCCCAAUGGGACAAGCGAUGGACCAGAGGCAGGGGCCCCAGAAGAGGAGGAAGACGAACUCCUGAGAGUGACUGACCUUGUUGAUUAUGUCUGUAACAGUGAACAGUUAUAAGACCUGUUUUCCCCGUUUUUUUUGUGCUAAUUUAUUCCACGGUAGCUCUCAACACCAGCGGGCCAGU